GCAUGGUAGAGCAUUACUACCGUAAUGUGCACGCCGUCGUCUUCGUUUACGAUGUCACGAAGAUGACGUCCUUCACCAACCUCAAGAUGUGGAUCGAGGAGUGCAACGGGCACGCGGUGCCCCCCCUCGUCCCCAGGGUGCUCGUUGGGAACAAGUGUGACUUGAAAGACCUGAUCCAAGUGCCAUCCAGCAUGGCCCUGAAGUUCGCCGACGCUCACAACAUGCUUUUGUUUGAGACCUCGGCCAAGGACCCUAAGGAGAGCCAGAACGUGGACGCCAUUUUCAUGUGCCUGGCCUGCCGGCUGAAGGUGCAGCGGUCGCUGCUCUGCCGGGACCUGGAGGGGCGGCCGGGCCAGGCCCGCAGGCUGGAGCCAACGCACGACGGGGACGUCAUCUGCGUGUUCUCGCAGUACGGGGAGGUCGUCAACAUUAAUCUGGUGCGGGACAAGAAGACCGGCAAGUCCAAAGGCUUCUGCUUUCUGUGCUAUGAGGACCAGAGGAGCACCAUUCUCGCUGUCGACAACUUCAAUGGGAUCAAGAUCAAGGGGAGGACGAUUCGAGUGGACCACGUGGCCAACUAUCGGCCCCCCAAAGACUCCGAUGACUUAGAUGAUGUCACCAAAGCCCUCCAUGCAAAGGGCUGUGGAGUUAAAACGCCACCUCAUACAUCAUCUGAUUCCCUGUCGGAAGAUGAUGACGUGCCUGUAAAAGCACAGAAAGGUGAGGUGUGUUCCUGCCGGUCUUGGCCCCGGGUGGGAGCGUUUGCACAGAGCCCUUGGCCUCGCAAGGGCCCGUUGCUCGGCCACACCGCGGGCGGGUGUGCUCUUGAAGAGAGCCACAGCCCUAACGUCCAGGCUUCGCUGUGUGAUCUCCUGAGGGGUACCUGGGUACCUGUAUUUCGCCCUUCUCUGUGAAC